AUGCUGAAUGACAGCCGAAAGCCCGAAACGCUUCCGGUAACCGAUAGUGAACCCAGCGACUUUAUAACUUUUGGUUGUAAUCAAACUGUCCUGUCUAUGAAAACCAGAAGUUGUUACAGAAAUUUUCUUGGAAAAUGUAAAGUUUAUUCAAGAACAUUGUGUGACCAAUCGAAUUUAACAGAUGCUGAAAAAGAGAAGGAAAAGGAAAUACAAAGGAUAAUGCAAAAUGCCUCCUUAGAUGAGCCACCAACAGCAUGCUGUCAAUCUGGUUGUGCAAACUGUGUGUUCAUUGUGUGGGCUGAAGCACUUUCAUCCAAAAUGGAUAAUGCUGGCCCGGAAAUUGCUGAACGGAUAAUGAAGAACAUUGACGACCCCUCGAUGAGAGCUUAUUUAGAACUAGAAUUAAGAAUAAGAGGAGUCAAGAAGUAG